CUUGAAUUGGAUGCUACUUAUCUUGCUUCUAGCACCAUGUGAAAUAAGUUGUUUGGAAAAUUUAGCACGAAAUUAGAACCGGUCAAAUACAUAAGCAUACUUCUACUUCGAAAUAUAUGUAUGUAGGUAAUCUCAGUAUUUAGAUUAGACCAAACUCCCCAAAAAAUAAUUUUUACUAUCAAAUUAUAUGUAAAUUUAUUUUUCAUACGGAAUUGCUUAGGCGAAAUAGAUAUGCAAAAUUGAUAAACAAAUUAGUUGUUUAUAAAUACGGUGUUCUGAUUUGUAGAAUAAGCAUUUGAAAUCGAUAAAAUGAAACAUAUUAUACCAGCAGUUAUUCUAGCGUUGUCCUUUUUCUUUGGGAAAAAUAACGCUUUCAAGGUAAUAUGGGAUAAUGAUGCCAUUGUUGAUUUAAAUGAAAUUUUGAAUCAUACUCGAUCUGCAGAAGUUCGAAUGCCAAAUUGGUACUUCAUCUAUCCAGGGACUAAAUGGUGCGGAGCUGGCAAUAUAGCAGAAAACGAGGACGAUUUUGGAGUUUACAGAGAUACAGAUAAAUGUUGCAGAAACCAUGACUUUUGCCCGGAAAUUAUAGAAGGAUAUCAAACUAAAUAUAAUCUCACAAAUCCUUCGUUUUAUACAAGACUACACUGUAACUGUGACCAAGCAUUUUACGAAUGUUUGAAAACUGUGAAUACCAGAACCUCCAAUCAGAUAGGGACACUAUAUUUCACAGGACUUGGUACAAAAUGCUAUAAAGAAGAACAUCCUAUAACAGGCUGCAAAAAACACACAUAUUUUCCGAGGCAAAAAUGUCUUGAAUACGACCACAACACAGACGAACCCAAACAAUGGCAAUGGUUUGAUGUGCCAAACUACUAGAACUUACAUUUCUUCAUCAUUCAAGUCUUUGAUUUCAGUAAACUUCUUCAUUCCAAUAACAUGACUGAAAAACUUGACCUUGGCCAUCAAAAUAGGCAGGUACAAUCUUGAGAUGUUAUAUUCUAGUAUACGGAAGAGAAGUAGGCCGUAUUUCACUACCUCUACUGGUUUCUCUAAAAGAAAAUAUGGAUAAAACUUAAGAAUGUUACUGUGACGAAGUAUUAUACCUCCCCAAUGAUAGUGUUUUUCGUACAAUAAUCUGUAGACAUCAAGUAAAGGCAACGAAUUUUCAUGGAAUAUUACUUUGUAGCAUUCAGCUAUUCUUGCCAAGUGUUCUAUAGAAUAAGUGACAUUAUCUAAAAACAAAGUUAAUUCAACAAUCAAGAUUUAUUUAAGCAAUAACUUGAAUGAAUUUUAUAGCUUUGUAAUAUGUGGAAUUUUGGACCCCUGUGAGAGUGAAUAGCAGCUGUCUACUGGAACUGUAACGGUAUUUUAGUUCGCAUCGAAAGCAAUAUGACCGCUAGGUUCCGCCGAUUCUAGCGAUAUAGUACACGAUAGUCUAGUCGAUAUUGCAAACUAAUAACUGAUGGCACCAAGCUGUCACACUAAGGACUCUCGAUGCAACCCGAGCUACCAUUACAGUUCCAACAAGUAGCAGCUAUUCGCUCUCUCAAUUGUGGAUUCUGGUAAUAGAUGGCGAUCUAUGUGGGUAGACAUUAUACGUUCAAUAGAGGAUACUUUGCUCUGCUUUUGUCCGUUGGUAUAGCUUAGACUGUGCUGAUGAUAGCCAAUAAGCAUGAAACAGAUGUACAAGGUUGGCCGUACAGACUAUACAGUGUACGAGGGAUGUCUUUUAAGUUUUGCAUAUGGAAAUAAAACAACACGGUAGGUAGUUUUAAAUGACUUUAUUGUUUUUCGAAGUAUUCUCCACGAAGAUUAAUGCACAUUUGCAUGCGCUCGAACCAAUUUUCGAAGCACUUAUUCCACUCGUCUGCUGGCGGAUCCAAAACGGCAUUUUUGAAUGCGUCAACUGCUUCUUCUGGUGACUGGAACCUUUGACCACGCAGUCUGUUUUUAAUUUUCGGGAAAGUAAAGAAAUCGUUAGGACUUAGAUCGGGACUAUAUGGACGAUGGUCUAAUAAUUCCACGUUUUCUUCCGUUAAAUACUGCCCUGUUUUUGGGCUGUGUGCGAGCUUGCAUUGUCUUGGUGGAGGAUGAUACUUCUUUCGGGGUUGAUUUUUCGAAACUCGGUGAUUGCUUUUGGCAUACAAAUGGUGGUAUACCAAUCCGCAGUAACGGUUCUUUGCUCAUUAAGAGGAAUUGUUGCAAUAUGACCCGCUUUUGACACAAAUGUCGCGAACAUCUUUUUCGAAACACUUCGAGAACGGAUGACUUUUGUUGGCUUUUCUUCACCUUGGAACACCCAAACAGCCGACGGUCGUUUAUUUUCUGGUGCAUAACAGUAAAUCCACGAUUCAUCACCACUAACAAUGCUGUACACAUUUUUUGAGUUUCCGGAAUUGAAACGGUCAAGCGUUUUUUGACACCAAUUAACCAUGGCUGCUUUCUGCUCUUCAGUCAACAGGAGGGGUAUCCAACGAGAAACUAAUUUUUUUACUCCUAAUUCUUCAUGUAAUUUUUUUUGAAUUGAUGUCUUUGAGAUUUUCAAGGACGCCUCAAUCUCGCGAUAUGUCACAUGUCUAACUUCAAUGAUGAGUUUGCGCACAGCAUCGAUGUUUUCCUGGGUGACUGCCGUUUUUGGUGCACCCACCCUGGGAUCGGCGCUAAGACUCACCCGUCCACGUUUGAAUUCUCCAUACCAACGGGAAAUUGUCGACUGAUGUGGCGCUUCGUUACCAAAAACAGACAGUAACUCAGCAAGGCAUUCUUGUUGCGAUAAUUGUCUCUGAAAGUUGUAAUAAAUUAUGGCGCGAAAUUGUUCUCGGUUGAGUUCCAUUUUUCUAAUGAUUUGGUGACAGUUAAAAAUUCACUGUAGUGAGAACACUGCAAGUAUUGUGAUACUUUGAAUUUAUGUUUACUAAAGAGUGAGGUUAAGAUUCAGUACUGACGUUCGAUCCGCGCGGCCUACUAUGUUUCUAUAUGCAAAACUUAAAAGACAUCCCUCGUAUAAUGUAUAGAGUAUGCAACCAUUUCAUGAAACGUUCGAUCACAUCAUGAAUUGGUCAAUUUUACAAUAUGGCCACGACAAAUAUUGUUUUCGAUAGGAAAGGGAGUUUUUCCUCUACACAAUAUUAGCAACACAGAAAUAAACUGAAAUAUCCACCACAAAAAUGUAGGCUUAUUAAACCCUUGACUUCGCCACUGCAGUGUCCAGUACUUGUUGUACAUAUAGCAUGUUUGACCAGGACGGUAUUUUUAUCGCUCUCCAGAUUCUUCGAGUAAAUUAUACUAUUCGAAUUUUGUACUUACAAACGUUCCUGCAUAUCGUCGCUAUUUUAAAGGUUUCAGCAAUAUCAUCUAAGGGAAAACUACGUAGGCAUUUAAAACAAUACCCAACUGUUUUGCCCUCCUUUGAUUCCACUUGUUGAGCAUUCCCUACCGCGCAUUGUGGACAUUUGUAGGGUGCAAUCGCCUAUAAGCAAAAUUGAACGAGUUAUGUUUUGUAUUCUGGAUAAACUGAAUAUCAGAGAAAAACAUAUUUAUGUCUUACCAAGUGUUUUUCAUACAUACAAAAUGAACAGGAACAAGUGAAAUGGAAUAUUUCUUCAGUAAUGAUAUGUCUUUCAUCAACUCCUAAUAAAGCAUCUACUUCUCUGUAACAUAUUGUAAUCUCUUCACCUUUCCUUAUGACCCUAAUACUUUUCACAACCACAAAGUCAGAAUAUAUACUGAAAAUGAGAUUGCAGGAGAUAGAGAACGGAAAAUGGAAUAAUCAUAAUGCAAGAAUAUCACUAAUAAUGCUACUUGAGAUUCUAUAUUUUAUCUAUCAGUACCAAAAAUGCUGUUGACGGUUCGACUCCCAUCAACAUCAGAUUCUUCCACAGCAUAUACAGGGUCCGGCACUGAAACUUUCUUUUUUCAAUGAUACAAGGUGGCGCGACUGGAG